AUGUCAUCGAGUUGCGAUAUGGCGUCCAUUGCGAUAGGCGCCGUCGGCCUUCUCCUGACCAUCAGCUCUAGCGUACCGGCCCUCGGGAGGAUAGCCUGGAGGGUCAAGCAUGCGAAAGCGACAAUCUCGACCGAAUCAGAGACCUCCGCGUUCGAUCAACAGGGAUAUGAAGAUGAGGAUGGAGUGGCUCCGAGCACAUCCGCGGAGGAGUUUUCAGAUGUGUGGCAGAGAGUGGCUAUAGCCCUUCUGUCGGCGAUCGGCCUGGGAUUAUCGCUGACACAGGCCAUUAUAUCGAUUAUAAUGAGCCAGAACCAGUUUGUUGUCCCCUUUUGGCUGCAGAUGGGAAGCUGGUCCGUACUAUGUCUACAAACAGUUGGCUUCUUCGUCGAACCCGAACCUACCGAGCGGUACAUACUAGGAAUAUACGGAUUUGUGGCCAGCACGACCGCGGCAGCCAUCCCCUGUUUGGAAGUUGGAUUAGCCUGGCACAACAAGUACCGCAUUGAUCAGAGUCGUAUAGCAAUGGGGUUGUUGAUCAGCCAGACUGGUAUCGCUUGUCUACGAGGGGCUUGCUGUGUUAUGAUCCCAAGACGCCCGGAAGUAUACCAUGAGGGCCGGGUCGUUGACAGGGAACGGACCGUGAGCGCCUUGAAACGGUUUACCUUCGGAUGGGUCAGCGAUCUGUUACACUUGAUCGUGGCAAAUAAGGGGUUGGAUAUGGACAGUCUCCCAAAGCUGCCGUUCACCGAACGCUCCAAAACGCUUCAUGAAAACCUCGAGAGAUUCCGUGGAACUCGAGAGCUGUGGAAAGCACUGGUGCUGGUGCACAAACUUCCCCUGAUAAUCCAGGGAUCCCUCAGCCUGGUUGUUUGUGUGCUGAACUUCGGACCGCAGGUAGCUAUGUACGGGAUACUAAAAGCGCUUGAGGACCGUUCUGCUGUCCCCGGGGAACUGAACCAGGCAUGGAUGUGGGUGUUCGGACUGGGAACAGUACUCCUUCUAGCGUCUAGCAUCGAAACAUGGCUUUGGUGGAUCAUCUAUUCGAAGCUCUGGAUCCCAAUCUAUGAGGGUCUUUCAGCAUUGGUAUUCGCCAAGUCCAUGCGAUGUAAGGAUGUAAAGCAGCUGUUGCCAGUUGACGAAGACGACGAGGAAGGGAGCGACGAGAAGAUAGAAGAAGAGGAGCAACAAGGGGGUAGCCAGAGCAUUUUGAACCUCGCGUCUGUGGAUUCCAAACGCAUCGCCGAUUUUGUCAUGUUCAACUACCUUAUCCCGUCAUGUGUGAUUCGACUGCUCAUUGGAGGCAUCUUCUUGGUUCAUCUCAUUGGAUGGGCGAGCCUCCUUGCAGGUGUCACUGCGGCCGUUCUGGUGGCUCCUUUUAAUACCUAUCUAACGAGGAAAUAUGCAGAAGCCCAAGAGAAUUUCAUGAAGGCAAGCGACAAGCGGAUGAGCGCUGUAGCGGAAGUUCUUCACGGUAUUCGCCAGAUCAAAUUUGCCGCAUUAGAACAGCAGUGGCAAGAUCGUAUCUCGGAAAAGCGCCGCAUCGAACUUGAACUGCUGUGGAAAACAUCGGUAUACACCAUUGGCAUGGUCUCAGUGUGGAUUAUGGGGCCUCUGAUGCUAUCGGCUGUGUCUUUGACUGUGUAUGCAUUGACUCGUGGCGACCUGUCUGCCUCCGUGGCGUUUACGGCCCUCUCUGUUUUUGGGUCGUUGGAAUCCGCAAUGGCUAGUUUGCCUGAUCUGUUGUCUAAGGGUAUGGAGGCAAAAAUCAGUGCGGACCGUAUUGAUCAGUACCUGCAUUCGGCGGAAAAGGCACCUCAUACGUCUGAUGUGGAUCGGAUAUCCUUCACCAACGCCACAGUUGCAUGGCCCGAAGAAGAGAGUGACGAGCCCGGGAUGGGUUGGGACAUGAAUGAGCGUUUUAUUCUCCGGAACCUCACCCUGCAGUUCCCGCCCAAAGGGUUGAGUGUAAUCUCUGGGAAGACUGGCUCCGGAAAAAGCCUUCUGCUGGCCUCAAUCCUGGGCGAAUGCGAUGUAUUGGCCGGGACAGUGGCAGUGCCACACACUCCUGACGCAGACAAAAGAUACGACCAGAGAGCGACACGACACAACUGGAUCAUUGAGUCCGCCGUGGCAUAUGUAGCUCAGAACCCCUGGCUGGAGAAUGCUACGAUCAGAGACAACAUCCUGUUCGGCCUGCCAUACGACCGGUACCGGUACCGCAAAGUCCUUUUCGCCGCGGGGCUGCAAAAAGAUAUUGCUAUGCUGCCGGAUUCUGAUCGGACCGAUAUUGGUGCAAAUGGAAUCAAUCUCAGCGGUGGCCAGCGGUGGCGCAUCUCCUUCGCGCGAGCUCUUUAUUCUCGGGCCGGGAUUCUAGUUAUGGACGAUAUCUUCAGCGCCCUCGACGCUGAGACUGGCCGUCACGUCUACGAGCAUGCCCUUACCGGAAAACUGGGCCAGAAUAGAACCAGGAUCCUGGUCACACACCAUCUUGGAUUAUGUCUAUCUCGUACCGACUACUGCGUUCUUCUCGGAGACGGGCUUAUGAUCCACGCUGGGACGGUAGACGAAUUAGUGGCUACCCACAACUUGCUUGACUUGCUGGGCCAGACAUCAGACCCAGCAAACAUACAUAAGCGGGACGUGACAGAGGAAGAGAUUGGAUCACCGAUCCAGAAGCGCACUUCUACCGGAUCGGGCUUUUCAGUAGCAACAAUCACCGAGCCAACAAGGAAGUUCACUGAGGAUGAAAAGCGUGAGAAAGGAGCCGUCUCCUUGAAGGUGUACACGGCGUAUGUGACCAGGGGGAAUUGUCUACGCUUAUGGGCAGUUGCCUUCCUGGCGUACAGCAUGUUCAUGGCACUUUUAGUUGGUCGAUCCUGGUGGGUACGGGUUUGGACCGACUCGUCUAAUCCAUCGCAUCCGGAACCCUCGACUACUGUCUUAAACAGCGCGGACGACCAAACCAGCAUGUUCACCAUGAACAACGAUCUGAUGUUUUAUCUCGGCAUUUAUGUGUGCUUUUCGGUGGCUGCAUGUGUGGUGGGAACCUUGAGGACCCUGGCUCUCGCCCUAGCGGCUAUGGAGUCUUCACGGCAGCUGUUCAAUGAUCUUUUAGCAACCGUACUACGCUCCCCUCUGCGAUGGCUGGACACCGUCCCCCUUGGCCGGAUCUUGAACCGAUUCACCUCCGACAUAUACAUCUUGGACUGGAGACUAGGCUAUGAUAUGGGCCACUUUGUGUACAAGGUCCUGGAGCUGGUCGGUAUACUCUCCGCAGGCGUGCUGGUAUCGCCGAUAUUGCUGGCACUUGCCUGUCUCCUCAUGGCCUUGUGCUUUCAGCUUUCCAAAAUCUACCUCACAGGCAUGCGUGAAAUCAAGCGUCUAGAAAGUACCGCCAAAAGCCCGGUUCUGGAGCGGUUUAGUUCCAGUCUCGUUGGACUCACCACCAUUCGUGCCUUCAACAAAGCAGAGGUUUACAUCCAGGACAUGUACACCCGCAUCGACUGCCACGCACAGGCAGCUUGGUACCUGUGGCUUCUAGAUCGCUGGCUGGCAUUCCGGAUGAGCAUCGCAGGGGCCGUGCUAUCCACAGUGACGGCAGCACUUGUCGUGUACGUUCCGAGCAUCUCCCCGGCAUUGGCGGGUUUCGCCAUGACCUUUGCUCUCCAGUACAACUACGCCGUGUCCAUGGGUCUUCGCUUCUACGCCAACGUCGAGACAGACAUGAACGCCACCGAGCGGGUGUUAGAGUACUCCACCAUCGACACAGAGAACCAAGGCGGCCAUAACCCCCCAGCGGCAUGGCCCACCCGGGGCAAAGUCGAAGUCGAGGACCUAGUCGUCAGCUACGCACCCGAUCUCCCUCCCGUGCUGGACGGUCUCAGCUUCACAAUGGAAGACAACCAACGAGUCGGCGUCGUGGGACGCACAGGGGCCGGGAAAUCCUCAUUAACCCUAGCACUCUUCCGAUUCCUCGAAGCCCGACAAGGCCGCAUAAUAAUCGACGGACUGGACAUCUCCCAACUCAAACUCCAGGCCCUCCGCAGCCGGCUGGCAAUCAUCCCUCAAGACCCGGUCCUAUUCUCCGGCACCCUGCGGUCCAACCUCGAUCCCUUCCACGAGUACACCGAUAUAGAGCUCUACAACGCCCUCGAACGAGUCCACCUUGUCUCCUUCGAAGACACCCUAACCCUCGCAUCCCAGCCCAGGAGCGAACAUUCCACCGACGGCAGCAGCAGCAGCAGCAGCAUCAGCCGCAGCAACAACACAUUCCCACCCUCCCCCUCCUCCCCAUCCUCAACCUCAAUCACCACCCCCAUCAAAUCGCCCAACUUCUUCGCCUCCCUCUCCUCCAUCAUCUCCGAAGGGGGCCUCAACCUUUCCCAAGGCCAGCGCCAACUCCUCUGCCUCGCCCGCGCCAUCGUCUCGCAGCCCAAAAUCAUGAUCCUCGACGAGGCCACCUCCGCCGUCGACAUGGAGACCGAGGCCCUCAUCCAGCGCUCCAUCCGCGAGGAAUUCGGCCGCAACGCUACCUCCCUCCUUGUCAUCGCGCACCGGCUCAGCACCGUCGCGGAUUUCGAUCGCAUUCUGGUGAUGGAUGCCGGUAAGGCCGUUGAGUUUGGGACUCCGCGGGAGUUGUUGGAUAUUGAAGACGGGGUGUUUAGGAAUCUGGUGGAGAAUAGUGGGGAGAGGGCCCAUUUGGAGAGGGUGAUUCGGGGGGAGGAGGGGUCUUAAGCUUAAGAAGAAGAAGGUAAAUUGACAUUGAGGACGAGUACUUGG